UUACGCCACACCUGUUAGCGCCACAGCGACAGGUGUAACACAGUAACCCGGAAAUACGACAGACGAAAACAACAGGAAUCUUCUUACUGAAGUCAUGGAUAAGAACAUACAACAGGAUUUUGAGAACCAGUUCAAUGAUGUGGUCUCAAGACUACAAUCAAAGAAGAUGUUUCAGUCCGACUGGGACAUUGCCUCUUUCGCAGUUUUCUUCAUCUUUAUAGGCAUGGUCCUGUUGCUGGUUAUCUUGGUUCUCAUCCGCUGCUGUUGCUGCUGCUGCUGUGAUGAGAAGCCAAGAAGACAGAAGGUGGGCAUCGACAAUAUGGGAAUGGAGCCGUGAUCUUCCGGAAACAACAGGCACCAUUACAUCCAUUUUUUUACUAUCAGUUUUGCCACCUAAUCACCAUUUAUAUGUGAACAAGUAAAAUAAUGGAGGUAGGAGAAAAAUAUUUUAGGUAGAUACUUCCUUAUAGGGAUGAUAAAAGCAAAAACCUUCCCCUACUGUGUAAAAAUGCAGUUAAUAUUUACCCAGGAAAUCACAUGAUUGAAGUUGCAUUCCAUUAUAGAUACCAGAUCCACUUCAUCAGAGAGAACACAGAUUUUUAUAUACAAGCAUGCUCACCAGUUUUGAAGACAUUGGUUACUUUCUGGUUACACACUUUAUUGAAGCAACUUUCCUGGAUGGAACCAAUGCAGGCCCUUGACAAAUGGCCUGUUGAAAUUAACUUGUUUUUACUUGUCCAUUGAACAGUACGUUUAAUCUGUUAAUCUUGUACCUGACUGUUAAGACUGGAUCCACUUAGCCUACACCUUUUCACUGAAUUAGCCUUGUCCAAGAUUUAAGUGUUUUUAGUAGAGUUCUUUCAAAUGCUUGACUUUUAAAUCUGAAAUAUAUAUAAUAAAUAUAUAUAUAUAUAUAAAACAAAUACAGAACCUACACACACUACAGAAGAUAAAAAAAGAGAAAAAAGAAGCUUAAAUAACUUGACUGAUGAGACUUCUCAGAUUUUAGAAAAUGCAAACAGAUAAGCGAUGCUUUACUUGUGAAAACUGUACCUUAGAAAAAGGAGUAUCAAUAUUUGUUUAACUUUUUUAAUGUACCACAUUGUUUGUAUAAAUUUUAGACUUUGUAAACAAACAAAAAAAAUAGAUACAUACCUUCAAAUGAA